CCAUGGGGCGCUGGAGCCAUUCCCAGCUGUCAAUGGACGAGGUGACGUUUAUAUAGGUCAUGUGACUCACGGAGGUACCGUGACAUUAUCCAACGCACUUUGCUCACACUCCCAGACAGAAAUGGCCACCACGGAAGUGGAACGUCGGCGAGGUCAGCUUGCUGCUUUGUCAAUAGCUGCUGUGGUCAUCAUUGUGGGGGUCCCUCUGUGGUGGCGAACUACAGAGACAUACCGUGCCUGGUUGCCUGUUAGUCAGAUUAAGGAGUUUGCAACGUUGCAGCUCCUGUUAAGCGUGGAUGUUGAGGUUGUGUUUUCACGAGGUACCGUGUCACCAGAACAGCAGAAGAAAGUCCCAAUGACACAGACACAGGAUGAGGAACAUAGAGUAGAUGAGAACACAGCUUUAAAGUACAGAUAUGAGAUCAGGUACCGCACAGCUACCAUCAUGGAGGAGGACGCUCUAAAACAGCCAACUGCUUCAGAUGCAGAUCUGUCUCUGCACGCACUCAGUGAGAAUCCAUGUGGCUCUUUGGUCGUUUAUGUGAUCCCAGAGUCGUCCUCAUUGCUCUCUGAGGAUGUCGAUGUGUAUAUUGGUCAGAAACGGACUGCCAUACUUCGACUUGGUGCCCAGAUGAGAGUAGGCAGGACUCUUGAGCAGCUGCUAGCCCAUUUGGAGCCUCGUAUUAAGAAAAUUCUACACAUGAUGUCUUUUAGUCACACUGAUAUAACUGCUGCCCUCAGUGACAGAGUCCGUCUCGCUCCUGGUAACAGGGAGAACAUCGUUGACAGCAUGAGAGCCUUUAAAUCCAGCCCUGGUUAUGAAAUAACAUUCAGCCUUUUGAAUCCAGACCCAAAGUCCCACCGGCUGCACUGGGACAUAGAAAGCGCUGUGGAGACUUACGUUCAACCUCUGCUCACAAAACUAGCACCUAUAGCCAAUUUCAGCAUUGACUCUCAGACCUUAUACUACGCCAUGUUGGGUGUGAACCCUCGAUUUGACAUCAGCCGCAGCAGCUACACACUUAACGCCGAGAGUCUUGCACAUGUUAUCAACCCUGUAGAGGCUCGACUUGGGUCAAAUGCUGCAUCUUCCAAUCCAGUGUUGAAUUUCCUACUGUACGUCCCAGAUGCCCUUCAUUCCCCCCUGCAUAUUUUGGAUCGCAAGAAACAAGCGGUGCAUUCUAAUGCCUUUCACUCUCCUCGUUGGGGAGGAAUCAUGGUUUAUAAUGUAAAUGAUGUAUAUGGACCGGAAGCUGUGUUACCAGUUGACAUCAACAUCAACAUGGCCAAAGUUAUGGGAGUCUUCCUUGCUCAGCUUCGGCUGUUGCUGGGUGUGCAGUCAUCUUCUCCUCCACCGGGCUUUGUGGUGGCUUCAUGCAGCAGCACAGGACUUGCUGAUUGGGAACUGGAUCGCCUCAUGUGGAGUCGAAGUGUGGAAAAUGUGGCAACAGCAACUACCACCAUCACCUCACUUGCUCAGCUACUGGAUCAGAUAGGAAACAUAGUUAUAAACGACAACAUAGCGGAGCAGGUUUCCAGUGCUGUCACGUCUCUGCAGCUAGCGGUGGCAGAGUUGGAGGCUGGAAACCUAGGCUUUGCCCUGCAAUACAGCAAAGAGGCCAUCUUGGCGUCAGAGAGGGCUUUCUUUGACCCUUCGCUCCUCCAUCUACUCUACUUCCCCGAUGAUCAGAAGUUUGCCAUCUAUAUCCCACUCUUCCUGCCCAUGUGUGUGCCCAUCCUGCUGUCAUUGAUCAAAAUUGCAUCUGAUGCUCGACAGAAACGCAGGGAAAAACAAGCUAAAAAAGACUGACGGAUGUAGAAUUUGAUGAUGUCUGACAAAAGGACUCAAUUUGAAUAAAGAAUGCACUCAAGGGGGUAGGGGUCCUGAUUUUUUUUUUAACUGUCAAUUAUUAGUGAGGUUUUGCCCAAAACCCAUCUGUUUUUAUUUUUGCCAUAAUCCACCAGACCUGAAUGAUUUUUGAUGUGGAGUAUUGUCUUAUUUAAGAUAUUUUAUUGAAUGUAUGCUCUCAGACACUGUACUAUUGAAUGCCUGAAUUGUAAUAUGUCAAAGGUUCUUUUUCUAUUUGAAUUACACAUUUUAUGUUGUAAGCAAAACAAAACUGGCGUUACAAUAUUUAAUUAUUAUUAAUAUACACAAAUACUAUGGGAUGUGAUCUGUUUAUUUAAAAUGGGUAAAAUUUACUUGAAAGCGGAAA